UCCGCAGGCGGGCUUGUUGUUGUUAAUACCACAUCCAUACUUUCGUUCACUUCAACAUUCAUUUCAUACCACCCUGGUGGCGGUCCUAGCAGGCUCGGGCUUAUACAUUUUCUUUACCGGAUCCAACCGUCUACAUCUGGUCGACCUGCAGAUGUUGUUUGGUGGAGCGAUUAAGCGGCAGGAAGACUGAGAGGGGCCUACCCUAUCGUGAAUCGCGCAAAAUGAACUCGCCGAAGCAUCGCAGGUGGAACGACAAAGUGAAAUAUGUGGUGGUAGAGAGGGAAGGUGUGGUUGGAGGCGGGCAGCAGGACGAAUUCAAUGCGACACCGACACCCACCAUUACUCAGAUCCUGUCACGGUCGUACACGAAGAGACAGCAACCGACAACCACGGAUGACGGGGUAGACAGCGACGACGACAACGGUGACUCUGGAACGACUACCAUGACUGCCACAACAUCAACUGAAACACCACCACCGCUAUUGAUCACCAUGACGCUACCCCAAGCCCAGGCUUCCGUUGGAGCGCUGGCAAACGACGACCCUACAGAAACUGUUGUUGUGUCGCUGCAGCCUCCGCCUCCUCCUCCAAAGCCUCUGUACGAUGGCGGUGGUAGUGGGCGGAUAUCGCAGACGACAGAGCAUCUCCUCAUUGCUGCUGGUUCGAUCGGUGCUACAAUCAUUGUCGUGAUGCUUGUGUUGGCAUUCUACACAAUGCGCCGGCGAGGACUAUCCUUCUUAGACGUGGUCAGGCAAGGCAAGAACCAAGUCACGCGCCGCGGUGGCCAAGGUUCAGGCAAGUACGAUUGGGACAACAAAGAGAACGUCGAACAGAGGUACUCUGUAAGGAACGAUGCGGUCUACCCUCCUCCGCCGGCGGCUAAGGGCUCUCAAUCUGGUUCUCUUUCCUCGCAGACACGCGUGCAGCCUCUGGGUCGCAGCGAUAGCUUCCGCAGUGGUCCCUCCGACAUGACUCAGCAGACGUUCUUGCUUGAAGACCCCCCAUCACGAAUGAACUCUCACAAGCGUGACAACAGUGCAACACCAUCUUCGCCUUUCCUGGGAAACCAAAGCCUGCGGAACAGCGAAUCAACACAUAACACGAGAUCCAUAGACGAUGAGGGUGAGUACUUGCAAGAACAGCAAACUGCGCCUCGACAACCGGCACCUCCAUCAUUCAAGCAGUUCAUGUCAAACCGACCAUCUAUCUCGCAACGGCCUGGACUCGGGGGUAUGAGCAGCAGAUUUAGCUGGACUAACUCCCAAGCACCACAAACGCCACACGAUCCCAAUCGCGACACAAUGAACCAGCCCCUGGGACGCGAUAGCUUCAUGACAAACCGAUCCUCAGUACCUCGUUUCCGCACCAUCAACUCGUGGGUCAACCAGCAGUCGACCCGGGUGGAGGAGCAGAAGCUUAGGGAACAGUACCGCAUGACACAGAGCUCUGCGUACUCGGAGGAUGUGAAUGACGACGUGGUUCCAGAAAUGCCUCCUGUGCCAAAGAACUACAAGCCAACAGGUGGUCUUGCAGGCAAAGACAUCAAGCACCAGCGCCACCAUACCAACACCUCAGUCGGCACUGCGCCGGUCUUCAGGCAGCACCCCGGCACAGAAGUUCGCUUCAGCACACACAGUACCGUAUCCUCCGAGAUCCUCGACAUGGGCCGGAAGAACUCGGUGCUCAGGUGACAGUAGGCUACGGCAUACCAACUUCCCUAUCAGCUUUUUUUUGAGUACCCAUCAGCAUUUUAGCGCAUCAAGGAGGACAAUGAUUCAGUCAUGUGACUCGGGUAUAUGAUGCUCCAAUGGAACGAUCGCACGCGGUUUGAAUUUCUUGCUAUACCAUGUCUGCAAGCUUGUAACUAUAGGUGUCGUUGUGCAUACUGUUCUUGAAUUAGCGAAAAUAUCUUAUCUACCUAAUGCUAUUCCAACACCACCUGA